AUGACAAAGACGAGUUCAUCUUCGAAUUUGCCUCCUCUUGAAAGUACUGAAAUAUUUUCUGACAAAGAGGAAGAAGAAUACAUGCCAGUUCUGACAUCCUGCCAAUGUUUUUUGAACAACUCAGGAUUAGACAAGGAGGAGGAUGAAGAUGCUGAAAGCGAUAUUAAUCAUUACUUCAAAAAAUUAGAGCUGUUGCUUUCCCAUAUCCAAGAUGAUUCAAAACAACUUUACACACCAGCCUUAAACGUCUUGGUGUUGUCACUUUGUGAAUCUGGAUAUACAUUCACUUUCUUGCCAACAUCACACGUCUUCCCAAGUGAUGUCGAAAAAAACCUUCGACAAAUUGGUAUUGGUGCCUGUAGCACUGUUCAAAAAAUAGCAUCAGGGUUCUCUAAGGAACUAAAAGUGAAAAAAACCUUCAACUUGACUAAGAUUGUUUGGCUUCCAAUCGAAAAAAAAUUAAGAAUUCCCAAAAUAAUUGAUGACUACAACCAUUACAUGAAUAGUGUAGAUAUUGCAGACCAGCUUCGUUCAUAUUACAAUAUGCAACAAAUGGAGCAAAAGGACUUUAGUCUUGAACUCAUAUAG